GAGGCAGAGAAACUCCUCUGAACGCUCGGCAGAAGUUUAACCUCAAACGCCGCAGUGAAGGAGGGAAAACGAGCCAAAGCUUUCCAACUUCCUGAGCAGGAUGGGGAACACGAAAAGUAGCGCUUUGUCAAAGGAGCUCCUGGAGGACCUGAAAUCCAACACCAAAUAUACCGAAGCCGAGCUGUGCACCUGGUACCAGUCCUUCCUGAAGGAGUGCCCCGGGGGGAAGAUCAGCAAGGAGCAGUUUGAAGGCAUCUACGCCAGCUUCUUCCCAGGCGCCGACCCCACGGCGUACGCUCGGCACGUCUUCAGGAGUUUUGACACCAACGCAGACGGCACUCUGGAUUUUAAGGAGUACAUCGUCGCGCUGCACCUCACCUCUGGAGGAAAGACUCUGCAGAAGCUGGAGUGGGCCUUCGCCUUGUACGACGUGGACGGCAACGGAACCAUCAGCAAAAACGAAAUCCAAGAGAUUGUUAGGUCAAUAUUUAACAUGAUCCCCGUCGAGGACCAGAAGAAACUCCCCGAAGAUGAAAACACACCAGAGAAGAGAGCUGAAAAGAUCUGGACGUUUUUCAGAAAGAAGGAAAACGAUAAAAUCACAGAAGGAGAGUUCAUUCAGGGUGUGAUGGACAACAAGGACAUCCUGCGUUUGAUACAAUACGAUGAACCACAGAAAAUCAAAGACAAGCUGAAAGAGAAGAAGCAAUAAACUGAACUUUUCCUGUAAUUUUGACGUUUUGUUGGUUCGUUUACGUUUUAGCUUGUUGCGAACGCGUCUGUCUGAGUUUUGUCGUGAUGCUGAUUUAAUUUUAUUCCCAGAAAAGCAACAAAGUCUUUUUGUCUAAUAAAACACAAUAACAGCAAACUGGCCGAGCUGGAUGGUGGAUGUGAAGACGCACAUUUAACACAAUUCUUAAAGAGUUGGUCCAAACUUUGUGACAGUGAUUAACCGUGUCCUCUGACUCGUCCACUCAGCAGCUCAUCAA